GGAAUUCUGUUCCUUCAAGCUUCUCUUCUUCUCACUUAGUUGCUGAGCCGCCUUCUCUCGAUUUCGCCGCCGCCGUCGGUCCUUCGCCGGAAAAUGACUGAAUCCAAGGUUGUUGUUCCUGAGUCGGUUUUGAAGAAGAGGAAGAGGCAGGAGGAAUGGGAGCUCGCCAAGAAACAAGAGCUCGAAGCUGCUAAAAAGAAAAACUCUGAGAACCGGAAGCUCAUUUACAACCGAGCUAAACAGUACAGCAGGGAGUACGAGGAGAAGGAAAAGGAAUUGAUCCAGCUGAAGCGCGAGGCAAAGUUGAAAGGUGGCUUUUAUGUUGAUCCAGAAGCAAAAUUGCUUUUCAUUGUCCGUAUUCGGGGUAUCAAUGCUAUCGACCCGAAGACACGGAAGAUUUUGCAGCUUUUGCGGUUGAGACAGAUCUUCAAUGGUGUGUUCUUGAAAGUCAACAAAGCAACAAUGAACAUGCUUCACCGGGUUGAGCCUUAUGUGACCUAUGGGUACCCCAACUUGAAGAGCGUGAAGGAGUUGAUUUACAAACGAGGCUAUGGAAAGCUGAACCACCAGAGGAUUGCCUUAACAGACAACUCUAUCAUCGAACAGGCACUUGGGAAAUACGGGAUAAUAUGCAUGGAGGAUCUGAUCCAUGAGAUAAUGAGCGUCGGACCUCACUUCAAGGAAGCCAACAACUUCCUGUGGCCAUUCCAGUUGAAGGCUCCACUCGGGGGAUUGAAGAAGAAGAGGAACCAUUACGUUGAAGGUGGAGACGCUGGAAACAGAGAGAACUACAUCAACGAACUCAUCCGCAGAAUGAACUAAGCCUCUCUCUCUAGUCAAGGCUUUUAAAAACGUGUGUUACCUUUUUUUUUUAAUCAAUGGUACUGUUUUUUUUUUUGUGUUAUCAGAUUUGGAAUUCUGGAUUCAUGUGGUUUUUGUUCUCUCGUUUCUUUUAUAAACUAUAAGAGAAAAGACUCUCAUUUUAUUC